AUGAAUAUCAAUGUUUUGUGUAACAGAGUCAGCAAGGGACGCGCACUCAUAAAUCUUAGACACACAAUGCGGAGAGCUGAGCAGCGCCUCGACUGGUUGACAAAUGAAAUUGAUUAUGCCAAAGCGACAGCAUAUUGCCAUUGGCUUUCACACUUCAGCUCGGAUUCUAUGUCUGUGCAGAACUUUUAUGUUUCUCUCCUAUGUUCAAUGUUCCGUUCAUUCUAUGAACUGCUAGGACUUUAA